AUGCCAUUUGGAGAUUCAUUAAAUCGUAAAUUAAUUCUCGAUCCAAUAGCCUCAUACAUCUCACAGUUAUCAGAGGAGGGUCGUGAAAAAUCAGAAAAAGAAUUUUUUGCUUCAUAUGCAUUAUUUGCGCGGAAGAAAUGGUCACUAACAAAGCAUCCACAACCUUAUGUUAAUGGAACAAUUCUUAAUUUGUAUGAGUUAUUCACAAUUGUUAAAAAUUUCGGUGGAUUUAUGAAAGUAACAAACCAUGAAUUGUGGCCUGAGGUUACAAGAAGUUUAAAUUUACCGGGAGCUGUUAAUGAAACAGCUUUAAUUAAAAAUAUUUAUCAAAGGUAUUUAUUAUAUUAUGAGGAAAGUGAAAAUGGUUUAGGAGAAACUGAGGUAGAUCUUGAUGAAAAUAGUUCUUCAAAUAUGGGAACAAGAAGUCGUGGGCGAAUAUAUUACAGCAAUAGCGACAAUCCUGUCUCAGUUAAAAAAAGUUAUUCAAAUGAAAAUGGUCCUGAUUAUCAUAAACUUAUGAAACAUUUGUUAUCUGGAUUUGAAAAUGAAAAUGUUUUUGCAAGAAAUCUUCUUAGUAUCAUGGCUUCUCCAGGACCUUAUCAUUUAAAACUUCAACAAUGUCCUAUGCUUUUAGAUAUUCUUUUAGCUAAGAUUGGUAUAUUUCCUGUAAAUGAUCUUGUAGAAUAUAAAUCAGGAUUUGGAGAGGACUACCUUACUAAUUGGAGGCAUAAAGAACAUUGUAAUUUUGAUUUAUUUUGGAUAGAAAGUAAUAUUAAAGAGGAAUAUGCAAUUAAAAUACUUGAAAGAGAAGAUAUAAUUGAAGGUAUUAUUAAACACAAUUCUGCUGAAGAAGUUUGUGGUAUGAAAUAUGACAAUGAAGAUCUUUCUUUUCUUUUUCAUCCUUCAAUAGAAAUGACUGAAAAAGAUCCUAUAUAUUUUAGAGUUUUCCAUACUACAAAAAUAUUAAGAGAAUUGUCUUUUGACUUAGAUAAUAGAGCUAUUUUAUCUAAAAAUAAGAAUUUAUUUACAUUUACUAUGUGUAUAGCAUUUAGUAGGUAUGAGUGUCUUCAUCAAAAUGUAAUGGAAACAUUAAGCAAUAUUUCUGAAGAUCUCGAUUUACAUGAUCUCCUUAUUUCUAGUAAUCAUUUCGGCUGUUUUAUGAAGCUUGUUAAAUUUUGCUUACUCAGCAAAGAUAGAAUGAAAGUUUGUAUUGGUCUUGAAAUUCUUGGAAAUAUUUCUGCAAAAGAAGGAAAUGAAGCUUAUAUAAUUGAUUUUUUAACCAACGAAAAAGAUGUUUUAGAACAGAUUAGUUUAUUACUUGUUCCAAUGGAUGUUAUGUCUUUAACACAUACAUUAGAAACCGUUUAUGAUUUAACAACUAUGGGCGAAACUAUAUGCGAUUUGUUUGCCAAUGAAAAUGGAGUUUUAAAACAACUUUAUGCUUUACUUACAGUUGAAGCAAAUAAAUUUGGACCAUGUUAUAUUCAAGGAACAAAAAUAAUACAAUAUCAACCUCAAUUUUACAAUGGACAAAGAGCUGUUAGAAAGUUUACUGCAACUCAAAUGAAUAGAAAUCCUACAAAUGGACAAAGAAUUAAUCAAGUUAACACACCACGACCUCAGAUUCCAAAUCGUUUUGUAACAAAUACUCCAAUACAAACUCCUUCAAUGCCAAUGCGUCGACCUUCUAGACCAGAUGAUUCUAGAAUGGCUUCACAAUCUGAAACGCCUUUACCUAAAAUCAAUGAAGACCAAGAUAAAAUUAAUUUAACAAAAGAAUGGAUGCUUUCUGCAUUAAAAUUUGAUCCAUCUUAUGAAUCCAUUAUUAAAAGGGGAAAACUUUAUUGUGACUAUGUUAAUAAUUUUAAUAAUAAGAAAAUGUUAUCACUUAACAUGAAAAAUUUCAUAAUACUAUUAAGAGAAGUUUUUCCAAAAAUUAAAUUUACUAGUGAAGAUGGGCAGGCAAACUCAUCAAUAGUUGGAAUUGUUCAAAGAUUACCAGGUUCAAACAAUGCCGAAUUGCCAAAUGAUCAUACGGCUUUAGUAAAAACAAUAUUUAAUGCUCACGCUGAGAAAGAAAAAAUGGCUGCUUUAAAAGUUACAGGAAAUGAAAAUAUUUCAAGGAAAAGAAAACUUGCUAAUUCAGUUGGUACUAAUGGUCUUGAAUCUAUGAGAGAAUCAGCCUCUCCAGAGAUGGCUGAAUCUGUUACAGAUGAUGGUUGUGGUGUUGAUUCCAGGCCACCAUCAAGUAUGGAAGCAUCUAACUCUAAUUCUGAAAUAUCAUCCCCUUUGCCAAAAAUAAGUAAUGAUGUCAAAAUUCCAAUGGCUUCAGAUAAUAUAGAUGUAUUAGGUGAUGAUUCAAAUUCUGUUAAAUUAGCUAACAAUGGGACAUUCACGUAUGAAGAGAACACAGAAAAUGAACAUCCUUUACCAGAUAUACAUCAUUCCAGUGGUGAAAUUACAACAUCUGCACCUGAAUCUAUAUUGCAACAAAAACUUAGUCAAAAAUCUCCUUCACCUUCUGAAUAUAUUGAUAAGGUUGAUUCUCCAAUAUGUGAAUGGCAAGAUUGUGGUAUGAUUUUUCCUUCUCCAAAUCAUCUUUACUAUCAUAUUUAUAAAAAACAUACAAUAACUGAUGAAAAUGUAUGCAAAUGGUAUAGUUGCGAUAGAAUUAUUAGAAAUCAUUGGGCUUUAUUAUCACAUAUUCACGAAACUCACUACAAAAAACCUAUAAGUGAAGAGGCAAAACAUUAUAGGAUAAAAUAUGGUAACAAAGAUUAUAUUGAAGUGAUUCUUAGAAAGAAAUGGAAGGAAGAGGAAAAGAAAAAGCCUUAUCGUAUACCAACUAAGAAUUCUUUUAUACCUCCAUAUACAGAUUGUCAUAAAACAUCCAUAAAUGGUAAAAUUGUAAUGACGCCAGUAUUUAAUGAUUUUACUAAUGUAACCGAAGGUCCAGUAACAAAGUCUGUUCGUCUUACAGCAGCAUUGAUUCUUCGAAAUAUUGCUACAUAUUCAAAAAAAGGAAGGGCAUUCUUGAAACGAUAUGAAAAUUUUAUAUCUUAUCUUGCAUUUUCAAAACUCGAAGCUAAUAGUGCGUUAAGUCAUUACCUAUAUGAAAUAAAAAAUUCUAUUGAGAAUAACGACAAUGAUGAAAAUGUAACCGGUAACAGCUGA